AUGAAGCUAGGUUGCAUUCUUGUAUUUGUAUGUACUUUUUCCACCUUCCUCAGCCUCACGCUCGGAUCAGCAAGCACAGAAGUGAAUCUAUCAUUUUGUCCGCGUCACUUGGACUUGCCAGGGAAAUGUAGCACUUCUCGGAGUUGCGGUCUAGAUAUGAAUGCUGCAUUAGGGGCAAGCGCCAUGGUUCAAGACUGUAUUUGUGAAGAUCUUGCCAACAAUAUGCACCGUUGCACAUGUUGCUGCAAAUGUCAAAUUGUGAAGGAUAGAAAGACUCUUUUUCUUGCAAGCAUUUUUGUCGAUGGUCAACUAAAAUGUAAUAAAGUCUAA